CUCCAUCUCCGCUUCCGACCCCAAAUCCACCGAAUUGGAUCAACUCAAAAAAAAAAAUCCACCGAAUUGGGUUUAGAUCGGAGAGAGACGGCCAUGGACGAGGAGGAGCACGAGGUGUACGGCCAGGAGAUCCCCGUGGACGGCGACAUGGAAGCCGCCGACGUCGACAUGACCGCCGCCGGAGACGACGCAGCGAAGGAGCUGGACGAGAUGAAGCGAAGGCUCAAGGAGAUGGAGGAGGAGGCCGCCGCCCUGCGCGACAUGCAGGCCAAGGUCGCCAAGGAGAUGCAAGGAGGAGAUGCCAAUGCGUCUACAGCUGAGGCAAAGGAGCAGGUGGAUGCUCGCUCUGUUUAUGUCGGAAAUGUUGAUUAUGCGUGUACACCAGAGGAAGUGCAGCAGCAUUUCCAAGCUUGUGGAACUGUCAACAGAGUGACAAUCUUGACCGACAAGUUUGGACAGCCAAAAGGAUUUGCUUACGUGGAAUUUCUAGAACAAGAAGCCGUUCAGGAGGCUCUUAAUCUGAAUGAAUCUGAAUUGCAUGGUCGUCAGAUCAAGGUAUCACCAAAGAGGACAAACGUCCCUGGGAUGAAGCAGCGUCCUCCACGCGGAUUCAAUCCCUAUCAUGCCUACCCUUAUAGAUCAUACGGGGCACCGUAUUUCCCACCGUACGGAUAUGGGAGAGUUCCCAGAUUCCGCCGGCCGACACGCUACAGGCCGUACUUUUGAGAGGACGAGGCUUCCAUGAAGCUCAAUGCAACGCCAGUAGCCAUACCGAAGAAUAAUCUAGCUGCCGCUGUUUCGGUUACAUUGUUUGACUGGUAGACAUAAUCUGACGACGGGCGAAUGCCCCUAUCGUGUCCUCUUAAGCUCUGUUGUACUGUGGGCUUGCAGUAUGGAUUCAGUCAUGUGGUGAUAUUGGUUUGCUGACUUGGUAGUCAUUGUCUGACGUGGUUAUUAUGUUGGCUCGAAUGAAGUUACGAUGCCAUGUUCUGAUGUCAAAAUUUAAAAGAAAAAUGCGAUUCUUUACCUGUA